GAAUCAUUUGAUUCAUAUUCUUUUUUUCCAACAUGGCUUCCGGCUCGUCAAUUGAUGAGUCGAGCGGCUCCGCGGAUGGCUCGUCGGGUCCUGCGCACCACUAUGACCCGCAAACAGGCCAGACCUAUUAUGAGUGGAAGCAUUCAAGAUCUCACCCGGUCUUCCGCUCAUCCGACUGGGAAAAUGAAAGCCGUUUGUACCAAGACAGCGAUUUAUCAGGUCCUCCCGAGAAGGGUGUCCGUAGUUUAGUUGAUAUGCUGGUCACCAAGGUCUCGAAGAAUAGCCACCUUCUGGAUUCUGAUGCUCUCGACGAGGUUCCUCCUCAUUUACUCCAUGACAUCUGGGACGAAUUGAACCGUAUUUCCGUCCACAUCUCGUUACAUUCAUUCAUGAUGCUCUCCCGACUUCUAAGUGAGAACCAGCGAACAUACCACAAGAAGGCAAAGUUGCCCAAGGCUAUCUUCAAGUAUCAUCGAUCGAUCAAGAAUGCGGCUAGCCCACUUGCCAACUUCACGAAGCCUCUCAUGGCUCAGCCUCUCGACUUCAUCGUUCAUCUUACUCUGGCUGGCAAUCAGAUCUAUUUCGAGACGCACGAACUCUUAGCAUUGACGGAACUCAAGAACCUCGGCGUACUCGAAAUCGUACAACCACAUCCGAUUGAGGAUGCAGCUCACUUCCCACGAGUUAAUGACUCGGUCAUCAGACACUGGGCUUCAAUCCCGGAUUCGUUCCCUCUUCUUCGUGUCUUGAGAAUCUGGGGCGACUAUUUUACAACGCGUCGCUCGCUCGAGUAUCUUAACAAGUUCCCAGCUCUCCGUGUUUACGAUGUCGCCGGCAAGAAGAAAGAUUGGGCUCACGCUUCUGUUAGUCCCCCGUGGAAGAAGUCUACCUACAAGUUGGAUUGGACUCUGCUCGAGACCAUUACCGAGACUAUCAAGGAGCUUUCUUCAUCGUCGGUUUACGCGCAUAGCGCCAAAGCCUAUAGUCUUAUGGCAUGCUGGAUGCCCAUGUUCAAUGACAUCGAGCUGCCUGAAUGGAUCCGGGAUCCCUCGGAAAUGGAAGUCGAGAUGAUCGUCGGAGACAAAGAGGCUACCGAGUUCAGAGAAAAGGUAUCGGCCGACGAACAUCAGUUGUAUGCUUUCCACCAUUCUCUGAAGCACGGUCUGCUCGACGAGAGCAUUAGACAUUGGUUUUGGGGAUAUGUGCUUUACUGCCACAUCGGUCGAUUGACCGGAAACGAGGAUCUGGUUAAGAAGGGCAUGCAUGAUCCCCAAGAGUCCUUCGUUAUCAACAAUAACCUCCUCCCGCCGCGACCUUACAUCGAAGUAAACCUUGGAGAUUUUGCGGAUACGGAUGAUUGCCAGGAUUUCGAAUACCAUUGCACCUUCGCACGAGCAUUGGAUCUACCUUCGAAGAAACGACGACGAUCUCCCAGUGCCGAUUCCGGCCCUUCCACGGCUCCUGCGGCUCCUGCGGAAUCGAGCAAGCCGGGUCCUUCCCGCAAAUUGACCAAGAGACAGAAGUUCUUCGAUUUAAAAGACCUUUAG